UUCUCUUCACCUUUGUACCAGCUGUCAGUCAUAGAAAGGCUUGGGCCUACUGUUUGAGAGCCCCAACUGAGUGACCGUGGCUUUUUUUAACUUAUCCAAUCAAUAUAAUAUCUUGUGCGAAAAUCCACCGUUUCUGGUGUAUUGUUGGUUCGCUUGGUUUACCAAAAUCCAGCUUAAUGCAAAAUCCCGAUUUAAAAUACAGUCAGUACGUAACGGCUGCAGUGGAUGAAUUAUUAAGGUUAACUAGCCAAGAAAAGGGUACCGGUUUUGUGUUGGUGGUAGUGGGUCCUUUAAACAACAUCGAGUUGAUAUCAUCGCCGCAUUUGUCCUCUACGGCCCAACGGAUUAAGAACAGUCUCAAGCUUAGUGACGGUCGGGUAUUGGGGGAAGAACCAGAUAUUGCACCUUCUGUUGGGCUUGUUUUAAAACCUGCCUACCUGGAUCCUGGAUUUCAAAUGGUACUAGACUUAAGUAACAACCAUCAAGUGAAUCGGCAUUACACAACUUGUUUUACAGAAAUCCAACAGCACCAGUGCAAGGAGAUAGCAAAGUGUUGGAUUCGUGCCAUUGAACCGAAAAAGCAAACCAACUUUCCGUACAACGGUGGGAACCGAAGGAAGCCUGGCUGGUGGCCUUCGAAAAUUGAUCACAUCGAGCCAGAUCACAUGAACAAGCACAACAGGAUACAACUACUUGUUUCACUUAUCAGAAACCCUACCUUCAGUCAGCAGAGUUUGGUUAAUGCCACGAGUGACUCGGUGAUUGAAAAGUUCUCCAAACCAUUUGCUGCUAGUAUCUUAGGUGAGAUUCAGUACGUAGCCCGAUCUGAAAGGGUAUUUUUACAGACUGGCAACCCGAAUUCCCAAUAUCUCGCCGUCAGCAAUUUCGCCAAACGACCAUCCAAGUCGUUAAAGGUGUUUCCCACUAGUAUGAGAAAUGACGAAAACGAGAAGGAUCGUGAUUUCCACGGAGAAAAGAUACAAGUAAAUGACUCCGUGAAUUCCCUGUUCCUUUAUCCAGAUACGGCUAGUGGAAUAUUCCAUUCUAAUGAGCACCACUCAGACCCAUACUUUAACUUUAUGGAGUAUAUGGAAGCUUCCGGAAAGGAUAAUCCGACUCCAACGGCAGCCUUCCCGUUUCUGUUGCCUGGCCCUUGUGCGGACGGAACAGAUAUGGACAAUGACCACAUAUUUGCAGACUGUCUUUUGCCGGGGGUAAACUUUGAUGUUUUAGUUUCACCGUUAGCUCUGGUUGUAGGCAGCUCGAAUCACCUGGGUGGAGAAUAAAAGAUGGGAGUAAUGCAGCUCCGGGGCAGAAAUGAGGUCUAGGCCCACCCUAAGCCAUGACAUAUCCCUCAUCUCACGUCCCCAUCUUCCAUCCCCUGGUCGUACUAAACUUGUUCCUCAUUUCUGACGCAAUAGCUUCGAUCCUUUGAGAAAUGGGAUGGCACAAGAUGUCUUAGGUGGGACCUUGAAGGGUGUUAUCCCACCUGAAAUGUAAAGGCCUAGGUCUCCA